AUCUGGCUGUCAGACCGAAGACCCGGGAUCGGGACUUACUUCCGGGUCCGCUCGCGGGCGGGUUUUUAGUUCUCACUACACUGGAUGAUAACACGUAACAAGUGAAGAGAGAAGGAAAUUAAGAUAGAGGAUGCGCAGAGGGAUGUCAGAGGAGAAAACGUACGUGGAGUACAGCAAGGGCGUUAAUGGCUUCGACAAGGUUACUCUCAGGGAGGUCCGCGGCUGUUCUGCUGAGAUAUAUCUCUACGGGGGUCAAGUGACAUCUUGGAAGAAUGAAUAUGGUGAAGAGUUGCUUUUCGUCAGCAGUAAGGUGUUAAGCAUGUAUGCCACCUCAUUAAUUUUAAACCCAGGAGUUACCAGUCAUACAUUCUAUGAAUGUCGCUUAAGGGUAACUCUGGGACCUGGAGGAGAUUUGAUGUUGACAUCUCGAAUUCGAAAUACAAACACAGACGGGAAGUCAUUUACAUUCACAUUUGCCUAUCACACCUAUUUUGCCGUUUCAGAUAUCAGUGAAGUUCGCGUAGAAGGUCUAGAGACUCUGGACUAUCUAGAUAACCUGAAGAGCAGAGAACGAUUUACUGAACAAGGGGAUGCAAUAAUAUUUGAAUCAGAGGUGGAUAAGGUAUGUCUUGGUACCCCGACUAAACUCGCUAUUCUGGACCACGAGAGAAAAAGAACAUUUGUACUGCGGAAGGAUGGACUCCCAGAUGCUGUGGUUUGGAAUCCCUGGGAUAGAAAAGCUAAGUCAAUUCCUGAUUUUGGAGAUGAAGAGUACAAGCAUAUGCUCUGCGUAGAGGCUGCCUGUGUGGAGAAGCCUAUUACUUUGAAACCUGGUGAAGAGUGGAGAGGAAGACAGGAGCUGUCUGCUGUUCCCUCCAGUUAUUGUAGUGGGCAACUUGACCCUCAGAAAGCACUUCAGGGUAGCUGAAAAUUGCAUCUCGUCAUCUCUUGUACAGGUUCAUUUGUGAAGCGCAAUGGUGCUCAUUUGGUAUUGUGGAUUUCUUGCCGGAUUUUUUUUAUAAGGAAGUCAUGGAUGAUGGAAUUGUGGAACUGGUAGCAAGAAAUGCUUUAUAAAUUUUCCAUCUAUUAAUGGAGAGUGAUUGGAACAGAACGAUUAACCUUUAUGUUUCAUCUUAUUCUGUUAUUUUUUAAUAUUUUCUUUUCUUUUCAAAAAAGAAAAUCCCAGUCUUUUAUUUUGAUGUUCUCUCCUCCUCCCUUUACUUUUUGAUUAUGCUGCAAAAAUUAUGGAAUACCAGAAA